AUUCUCAAAACCAAAAUAAACACUAUUCAAUUUUAAUUUAGCUUAAAUAAUUUUUAUACCAAGUUUCAAAUAGUUAUUAAUUUAUUAAAUUAUGUGGCAUGCAAUAAAAAAUAAUAAUGAACAAAAUUUCUUCUUCAAAUGUUCUUUCGAAGAAGACACCUUCAAAUAUUAUUUAUACAAUCUCAAAGAGAUUUGGUCUGAAAAUUGUAACAUCAGCGAAAUUAUUCAAAGAUCAAAGAACUUAAACAAACGAAUCCACUAUGACAAAGAAACAGUCAUCAGCACUCUUAAAUCAGCCAAACCAACAACAGUGUCCAUUGAAGCUACUGACUAUGGCAAUAAUGUGAUUCUCAAAUAUCACAUUAUGGAGCGUCCAUUCAACUUUGAAUGGAAUCUUACAAUUCUUCAUAAAGAUGAGUUCCAAAAGAUAAUCACGAAUCCACUUUUUAUGUCAAUUCAUUAUUUGGCAGAACAAAUCAAGGAACUGAAAAAUACCAUCAAGAAGAAAGAUCUUGAAAUAAAACAGUACAUUGCUGAAGGCGCUGUUUUAGAAAGAAAGACGGUAGCUACGGAAGAAUUUGAUGAAGAUGUCUUUGACAAUCGUUACUCUCACAUCAAUGCAUUUUCCAAAGAUUUUUUGGAAAUAUCUGAAAGUAUCAAAGAACAGAUUCCUCUGCCAAAAGUAAGCCUUUCAACAGAAAACAGCAAGGAGACAACUAAACGGGCUUCAACGUUUACUGCGAGAGAAAAAACUAAGAAGAGCCCAAAUAAGAAACGAAAACUUUUGGAAAAUCGCCGUCAGCAAAUGUUGAGCAUAGCCAAGUCUAAGCACAAUGAUACAAUGGAAUUCGAAUCUAGUCAGAGUCAAAGCAUGAGUCAAUCUCCACCAAAAGAUGAAUUGGCUGAGAUUUAUAAAUCGCUUGAAGAGUUGAAUGCAAAACGACUCGCAUCAACAUCCGUGGAAUUGGGAAAAGAUGAUUCAUUUUAGAUAGUUUGCAUGUUGUGAUAAAUUAAAUAUAAUUUAAAAGUUAAAUAGAGCUUUAAUUCAAUUUCAAAAAUUAUAUAAUUAUUUAAAAAAAAAAUUA